AUGGCGAGAGCAACAGGUGACAUAUUACCUGAUUACCUCAUCCACAAAAUACUCUCUUACCUUAAUCCUGAGGAAGCUGCCCCGAUGAAGAUUAUCUCCAAAACAUGGCUACAUGUCUGGUUGAUGACUAAAGCCAACUUAGUAUUCGAUGUUCGUUCUCGCAAAGACAUUAGAAUAGUGGAUAAAAUUAUGGAGAUAUAUCGAGACAGAAAAUUUCCUAUUGACGAGUUUGUAUUUCAAAGCAUUAGAGAAUUUGAUUCUCGUGAAGUCUUUUUUUUGUAUGAUAAGUGGCUUGGCGUUGCUCUUCAGAAUGACGAACAGAUGCUUCAGGCUUUACUUACUAGCUGUCCGUUGAUUGUCAGUUUGACCCUCGAGCAUUGUGGCGGGUUGACAAAGAUUGAGCUGCUGAAUCUUCAAAAGAUUAGGUCAGUUUCCAUUGGGAUGAACAGAAACCAACAUGUUAAAAUCCACACACCAACUCUGGAACACUUGUCUUAUUUUGGUGCUCGAGAAAAUUUACCUAUGUUGGAUAUUGUUGAACGACAAAAUCUGAAAUCUUUAGAGAUAUUUGGUGAGCGGAGGCCUAUUUGGUAUCUUGAUCAAGUGACUGGAAAAAUCAGCCUCAUGAAAGAAUUGGAGUCAUUCUACAAUUCUCAUGGAUAA